UUCACGGAAGCAUCUCCAUAUUUUUAAAGAGUAUAUUAAGAUUUAAGAUAGAAUUAUAAGAACUAAUUAUCAUCAUUUCAUCUUGGAUAUCGAGAAGUCUGCUGGGAACAAUUGUAUAGGAGAUAGUAUUAUAGUCAAGACCUUAGCUAUUUCGAAGCUGCAAAGAGUCGGAGUCAAGUGACAGUUACUAUUAUAUAUUAUUAAAGUUUGUAUGCCCUUUAUAUGCAGGCAAUUGCUGUCACCACAUGUAUCCGAGAAUCGUGGCCAGUUUUGUUGCUUACGCGUCUUCUUUGCGUCUGCAUUGGGCUUCUCUAAACCAGCUGCUUCAGGUAGCACAGAAAUGUCAAAGCACGCUUGCUGACGUUGGAUCUGAAGGAGUUUCUUCACAAGAUCUACAAACAAACAGUAAUAUGGUUGUAACAGCUGGUCAUCAGCUUGCUAAGAGCUUGGAGUUACAAUCACUCAUUGACUUGGGAUUCUCUAAAAGAUAUGUUAGUUUUUGUGCCUUUUAAAUUUAGAAUAGAUCAUGUUAUUUUGUAUUGAAGUCCCUAGAUGUUAGUUGAAUCCAAUGACUUCUUUUAAAGCAUUGAAA